AUGCUCUCCUCAACAAACGAUUCCGCAGACUACGAGCCUCUCAAGUCGUCUUACACAGACUUAGACGCUGAGUAUGACACUUCGGAUGUUGCUCCAUCACAGACCAUCAAACGUCCCCUUCGUCGUAUUGUCAUCAUUCUCGCCAUUGUCGUUCAAGUCGUCUUCGACUUCCUCGUUAUCGCGAAUGCAAUAUACGACACUGUAUUCGCUCGCUUGUUUGCUCUACGACCUAUUUUCGACGAGUACUCUGCUUCUGCUUUCAUAGCUCCAGCGCAAGAUGCUCUUGAAUAUCAAACAUACAAAUUUGACAGCGGUUUCGGCACGGGAAGUACGAUCUAUCAAGGCGAACCAUCUGACUCGGUCGACCAGGCAUGGGAGGACCUGUACAGUUUCGGAAUCUUAGAGGUUCCAAGAUCACAAGCGGCCUUGAUGGUCAACAAUACUCGUCCAAUACCUGGUAAAGAAGGCUACUAUAUCACCGAGCUUGACGUGUUUCACGAGCUUCAUUGUCUGAAUGUGAUCCGUCAGAAGCUCAGCCCGGAGUACUAUGGUCAAAACAUGACGAGACUACACAAGAGCCUCAUGCGCCCCGACCAUAUCUCUCACUGUAUCGAUUCGAUUCGACAGUCACUUAUGUGCUCAUCCGACAUCAGCACCAUCGUCUGGGUCUGGGAGGAGGAUACACACACUGCGAAGCCAUCGGGAACGGUCCUUCACUCGUGCAGAGACUUCGACAAACUCAGGGACUGGGCGAAAGAGCAUCAUAUCAGUGUCCAUUUCGACGACUCUGUGUAUAUGGAAGAUGACUUGAGCAUUCCUGUUAUUCCUUGA